AUGUCAGUCAGUGAUUUCGACCAGAUUGUCAGGUUACGAGCCAAGAUAACUACACUCCUUGACCAAUCGAUCACGGGCUACGUACAUUCCUUUUCUUCUUCCAACCAAGUAAUAGCUUUGCGAAUCGAUCACAAGGGGAAAAAGUCUUCUACCGGAGACACCUAUAGAAUCAUCAACACUGCAUUUAUAAAAUCCAUUCAGAUCUUGCCUCCAUUCCCUAAAAAGGCAGAAGACCUUGAAACCCACUUACAGGAAUGCAUUGCUAACUUCAAACCCAACCAAGACUUGCUUGCUAACAAGGAGAAUGAACCAUCUCAUCACUCGCGUGCUUCUCCUAUAGCUAUCAAGUUGUAUGAGAAGUUUGUCAAACUCUAUGGCCCUGAAAACAUCCAAUGGUCUGGAUCCGAUAACAUCGUCAUUUUCAAAGAAAUCAAGUUAUCUAAACCAUACACUUUGGGAAAGUCAGGUAACAUCCACAAACUCAAAGAUAACUGUAAGCAUCUUGACGAAGUCCAGAGAGUGUUGAAGCAGUUCUGGUUGGAAGUCGACAACGAAAAACGUGGUGGUUAA